AAAUUGAAAAUAAUAUAAAUUUAUAAAAUAAUUGUUUUAUGGUUACUUAAUUAAAUAAAAAAAGUAAGCAUGACAAUUUCAAGCUUUUUGUCAUAUAUUCAACAACGACUAAUUGUUUUAGGUUAUUUACUUCCAUUUGCAAUAUUUUUAUUCCUCACACUUGUGAUGACCACAAACGACAACAUCAAUUGUAUUGCUUCACUUCUCACCCUACCGGAGGCAACAAUUGUAAUACCCGAUGAAAUGGAUAAUUGUCCCAUUGGAUUUUUCCAUUGCAACACAUCAGUUCAAUGCGUGCCUCAACGCUUGAAUUGCGAUGGUGCAGUAGACUGUGAUGAUGCGUCCGAUGAGUGGAAUUGUGUGAAUGAUGUUGAUGCUAAGUUCUGGGAUCAUUUAUUUCGCAAACAACCUUUUGGACGACACGACGAUGUGCCAAUAGGCACGUGUUUGUGGCCAAGCAAUAAUUUAAGUUGCCCAUGUAGAGGCAAUGAAAUUUUAUGCCGUUUUCAACAAAUGACUUCAGUUCCUUUGGGCUUACCUAUGAACGAUGUAGCGACACUUGAUUUAACUGGAAACAAUUUUACAACGAUAGAUGAACAUUUUUUUCAAAAUAUACCUGUGAUUGAAAGUCUAGUAUUAAAAUUCUGUUCUAUUGAAACGAUAUCGCCAUUUGCAUUCAAAACACUCAGCGAAAAUCCAUUAAAAACCAUAUACUUGGACGAAAAUAAAAUUCAGAGCUUACCGAAAGAUAUGUUUCCUGCUGGCAAUGUCUUAGGAAUCCUUAUUCUCUCAGGGAAUCAAAUUAAUGAGCUGCAUAACUACGAUUUUGAGCAUCUUGAAAAUCUUGAAGAACUUGAUUUGCGAUCGAAUCGAAUUGAAACUUUUGAGCUUGAUGUGUUUAAACCUAUGAUGAACUUAGAAGUGCUUUAUCUCAACGAAAAUCGUAUUAUUCGCAUCCGUCCUGGGAUGUUCCCGUUGCUAAGGAAAUUGCAUACAUUGUCGCUGACGCAGAACAAAAUAAUUGAUAUUGAACGCUCCGCAUUUACAUUUCCCAACCUAAGACACUUAUUUCUUGCAGGCAAUCGCUUAACCAUAUUAAGAAAUCAAACAUUUUGUUAUCUCAGCUUAUUGCAAGGACUCCACUUAAAUGAUAACAAGCUCAUCAGAUUCGAAUUAAAUGCUUUUGAUUGCCUGGGGAAUUUAACUUCAUUGCUUUUAACUGGAAACGAAUUUAAGACCCUCGAUACUCGAGUGUUACAAAAUUUAACGCAUCUCAAUUACAUAUACUUUUCAUGGUUCCAUUUAUGUCGAGCUGCCAUGCAUGUACGUGUCUGUGAGCCACGUGGCGAUGGUAUCAGUAGCACAUAUCACUUGUUGGACAACACCAUACUAAGAGCGAGUGUAUGGGUGAUGGCUUUUAUUGCGACUGUAGGUAAUUUACUAGUUCUUUUUGGACGAUACUUCUACAAAUCACGCAGCAACGUAGAACAUUCACUUUACUUGCGUCAUUUGGCGGCCAGUGAUUUCCUGAUGGGAGUUUACUUAACGAUAAUUGCCUGUACUGACAUUAGUUAUCGUGGCGAAUAUAUUGUACAUGAACAAGACUGGCGGCAAAGUCACUUGUGCGCCUUUUCGGGUUUUUUAAGUACAUUUAGUUGCCAGUCAUCAACUUUAUUGCUGACACUAGUGACAUGGGAUCGUCUGAUGUCAAUAAUGCGACCGCUAAAACCACGUGAUAUUGGAAAAACCGGAAUUGCUUUGCGUUUAACACUUCUAUGGGGCGUAUCAUUCUUUCUGGCUGCUGCACCGCUCUUCCCGCUCAGUUAUUUUGGACAACAUUUUUAUGGCACCAAUGGCGUUUGUCUAUCGCUGCACAUACAUGACCCCUACGCAAAGGGUUGGGAAUAUUCUGCAAUUUUAUUUAUAUGCAUUAACACUUGCUCAUUAAUUUUUAUUUUGAUCUCAUAUGUGCGUAUGUUGCAAGCUAUAAAAGAUUCUGGAGGUUGCAUGCGAAGCACAUUAAGUGGACGUGAAAAUGUAGUGGCAACCAGAUUCGCCAUUAUUGUAACCACAGACUGCGCUUGUUGGUUACCAAUUAUUAUAGUCAAAUUAGCAGCACUUUCAGGAUGUGAAAUUUCACCAGCAACAUAUGCUUGGCUAGCAGUACUUGUGCUACCUGUGAAUUCUGCCUUAAAUCCUAUCCUCUAUACCCUCACCACUGCUGCUUUCAAGCAACAACUACGACGUUACUGUCCUACUUUGCCGACUUGUUCAUUUAUUACUGAAACUCGUUCGCAAACACAGACCGGGUAUGAGUCUGGUCUCAGCUUAAGCUUGAGCCAUUUUGGUAACAAUAGUUCUGGACGCAAGCGGUUUAUGCCGCGCCGCAUGAAUUAUGUAUGAGAUCGACGGAGAAUCAGUUGGCCUGAGACUGAGUUGUAGUACAAAUAUAACAACGACAAUGGCUGUAUAUAUAUAUAUAGAGUGCGCUUAAUUUAGUAAAAAAAUAAUUGUAAUAUUCAAA